AUGGUCCUCUCCAACCAGCUCCCUGAUGAAGGCUCCAAAAGGUUUGCUGUGGCCCAGGACACCCAAGCCACCAUCUUGCCGACAAGUUCAGUUGGUGGAUCCUUCCCAGACCCUUGUGCAGAUCAGGGUUGCACUGAGUGGGAGAGAUGUGGUCAACGUCAUGGGAACAUUGGCUGUGUUUGCACUAACCAGACACGUUCCAGGAUCGACAACACCUUCGAUUACUCUCUGAGCUGUAACGGCACUGGCAGUGCAGUAUCCCUCUCCCGCUGCAUGUUGUUUGAUGUUGGACUCUCCACCGAUAGCUUACAUCUGAAUGACCCCAGUUGUGUGGGAAGCACUAGCCGAGGCCGAGUGAUCUUUCCGUUUGUCAGUAACAGAAUCACCUGCGGUAACAAACUCCAGGUGAACAGCACACACUUCAUCUAUUCCAAUGCCAUCAGAGGGCUAACUGAAGCUGAUUCUGGGGCAAUCAUCACAAGGCAACGGAAUGUUACGAUUGAAUUCUCAUGUGCCUAUCCCCUAACCAUGAAUAUCUCCUCGUCAGUGGUAAUCUCAACCAUGCAGAGUGUUAUAAACAUCACCUUGCCAGGUGGUCAGAAGCUCUUUGAAUCGAAGAUGGUAGUUUAUCGUGACUCUGGUUACAGCCAGCCCUUCAACCAGACCCCAGUUGUGCUGGACAUCAACAGUAAAAUCUACGUCGGAACAAUUGUGUCGGGUGUUGAUGCCAGUCGAUUUGUGCUGACAUUGAAGAACUGCUGGGCGACCCCUGGGAGUGAUCCAAAGCAAGCAACUCACUGGGUCUUCAUCACUGAGCAGUGCCCAACUGUACACGACAGUUCAGUAAAUGUUGAAGAAAGUGGACACUCCACUGUCGCUCGUUUUUCUCUGAGCCUCUUCCAGUUUGUUGGAGAUUCAAGUGGAAUUUACAUUCAUUGCCAAAUACAGCUGUGUGACGUACAAAGCAGUCGUUGUUUGAUGGAAUGCCUCCAAAGAAGAGCCAGUGGAAGCCACAACAAUGGGAGCAUUCACACUAUUGGUCCUUUCCAGUUAAAGUCCCAUGAUAAAGGAGAAUUUAAUGGUGCAACUUCCUGGCAAAGUACAGCCUGGGUCACUAUGGCAAUGCUGUGGUUCCCUGUGAUUCUUGGAUGUUGCCACGAUUGGGCAUGGUGUUUCCUUGGGGAUGACCAACAAUAA